UGGGUCCUUUUAUUUGUCUUGUAGGAGUAAAUGUGUAAAACUUGCUCUUUCUUAAGUGGAAAAUGCAAGUGGAUCACCCAAGAAGAUGUCAGCUACAUCAGCAAGAAGUCGCACUAGGUCUCAUCUAGCUCUUCUCCACUUCCUUACAAUGCUUGCACCGAUUGCAGUAGCUGUAUCUGCGGGUCUUCUGGGUUGGGUUUAUCAGGCACUGAAGCCUCCUCAUCCGAAGAUAUGUGGAUCGCCCGGUGGUCCUCCAGUCACUUCACCCAGAGUCAAACUCAGCGAUGGUAGGCAUUUGGCCUACAGGGAGAUGGGAGUUCCUAAGGAAGAAGCCAAGCACAAAAUUAUAGUCAUUCAUGGCUUUGACAGUUCGAAGGAUCUAAAUUUACCUGUGUCUCAGGAACUUAUUGAGGAGCUGAGCAUGUAUUUCCUUUUCUUCGAUAGAGCAGGGUAUGGAGAAAGUGAUCCAUUUCCAAAGCGUACAGUGAAGAGUGAAGCAUACGAUAUUCAAGAACUAGCAGACAAGUUGCAGAUUGGACCAAAAUUUUACAUAAUUGGAGUCUCAAUGGGAGCCUACCCCAUAUAUGGUUGCCUAAAAUACAUACCACAUAGGUUGGCUGGAGCUUCACUUGUAGUUCCAUUUGUACACUACUGGUGGCCUUGUCUCCCGGCCAAUGUAUCCAGAGAGGGCUUCCAAAGGCUUCAGAAAUGUGAUCAAUGGACAUUUCGAAUUGCACAUCGUGCACCUUGGUUAUUCUACUGGUGGAUGACCCAGAAAUGGUUCCCUUCAUUAAGUAUUAUGGCAGGAAAUAUGGCAAUCUUUUGCCCCCAAGAUUUGGAGAUGAUUAAAAAGUUAUCAGAAACUCCAAGUGUUGGUCUGGAAAAGGUUCGGCAACAAGGUGUUCAGGAAUCUCUGCAUCGGGACAUAAUCGCAGGGUAUGCGAAAUGGGAAUUUGAUCCCCUGGACAUAAGUAAUCCUUUCCCUAACAAUGAAGGCUCAGUCCACAUUUGGCAAGGUUAUGAGGACAGAAUCAUUCCUUAUCAAAUAAAUCGUUACAUAUCAGAGAAGCUUCCAUGGAUUCGCUACCAUGAAGUUCCUGAUACUGGACACUUGUUGAUCUUCAGGAGUGAGCUAUGUGAAGAAAUUUUUAGGUCACUUUUGGUUAGAUGAGUUAGUUCUAUCAUUAUAGGGCUACUAUAUAUAGUCUAUACUGCAUCUGUUUGUGAAACUGUUCAAUGCUAUUCCCUGCAAAUAAAAUUUCUCAUAUUGUCCCUGUUA